GAGGGAGUCGUUUCAUUGUCUCCUGAGUCAGCAAAGAAAUCAAGAUGGCCAAAGUUCCUGACCUCUUUGAAGACCUGAAGAACUGUUACAGUGAAAAUGAAGAAUACAGUUCUGAAAUUGACCAUCUCUCUCUGAAUCAGAAAUCCUUCUAUGAUAUGAGCUGUGACCCACUUCAUAAGGAUUGCAUGUCUCUGAGUACCUCUGAAAUCUCAAAGACAUCCCAGCUUACCUUCAAGGAAAGUGUGGUAGUGGUGGCAGCCAAUGGGAAGAUUCUAAAGAAGAGACGGUUGAGUUUAAGUCAAUUCAUCACCAAUGAUGACCUGGAAGACAUUGCCAAUGACACAGAAGAAGUAAUCAUGAAGCCCAGAUCAGUAGCAUACAACUUCCAUAACAAUGAAAAAUACAACUAUAUAAGGAUCAUCAAAUCCCAAUUCAUCCUGAAUGACAACCUCAAUCAAAGUAUAGUUCGACAAACAGGAGGAAAUUACCUCAUGACUGCUGCAUUACAGAAUUUGGAUGAUGCAGUGAAGUUUGACAUGGGAGCUUACACAUCAGAAGAUUCUAAACUUCCUGUGACUCUAAGAAUAUCAAAAACUCGACUCUUUGUGAGUGCCCAAAAUGAAGAUGAACCUGUAUUGCUAAAGGAGAUGCCUGAGACACCCAAAACUAUCAGAGACGAGACAAACCUUCUUUUCUUUUGGGAGCGUCAUGGCAGUAAGCACUACUUCACAUCAGUUGCCCAGCCAAAGUUGUUCAUUGCCACACAGGAACGAAAACUGGUACACAUGGCAAGAGGGCAACCCUCUAUCACUGACUUUUGGUUACUGGAAACCCAGCCUUGACUCUGGAGUCUAUAACUUGUGAUGUGUUGACAGUCCACAUGUACUGUGUACAUGGAGGAGUCCAAUCCUUUACUCGUAGUCACUUGCUGAGAAUGUGCUGAGCCUUUGUAAUUCCAAAUGAAUGUUUACUCUCUUUGUAAGAGAGUGAGCAAGGUCUAAUGGAACCAACACUAACAUAUAAUAUUGUUUGUUAUUUAAAGAACACCCUAUACUUUGCAAACUACCAAUUAGUUUCAUUAUUACUCUUGAUAACAAUCUUGGGAAGACCAGGGCUACUGACUAUGGCUACUGAAAAGAUUCUACCCAUAUUACAGAUGGGUUAAGUAACUGAGGCAUUAGAAAACUAAAUACCCACAACAGGAGUUGGAAUGAGAAGUCAUAGGCCCAGAAUUUCGUUCUAACAGCUUGCCUUUAAGUUGCUGACGGACUCCUAAUCAAAUACUGUAAGUUUCUGGGACCUCAGUUUGAUCAUCUUCAAAAUGGAGGGGAAGAUAUCCUUUCUGCCUCAACAGAAUUUUAUGCCAAUCAGUGAGAUCAGUCUAGUAAAAUGCUUCUUGAAUGAAAUACUGAGCCUCAAGAAAGGAAAGCAUGAAUAUUUAUUACUAUUUAUGUAUACAUAUAUAUUUUUAAAUAUAUUUAAGGUAAUUAUAACAUAUUAUUAUAUUUAUGUCAAUUCCUUGCAUUCUCUGUUACUGGUCAUCCUUAACAAUAGUAAAGAGUGUUUUUUAGGCUAAAUGAGUUUGAUUUAGUAACACUAAGGCACUUUGGUCCAAGUUCUGCUUUUUGUAGUACCUAGAAGCCCUAUAAUGUGAUAAUAAAUUAUAUUAAUACAUUGUGCUGAUAAUUAACCAAUCUUUCACUCUUCUACUUUUAAAUUGCUUAAGCAUUCUUGUUUCAUUCAAUUUCACCUGCUAUCACGUUUUACUAGCUAAAAUGGGAUAAACAACUUUGGUCACUUGAGACUACUGUAAAUCUAAACUUUCUUCUCUGGAAUGUAAACAAUGUUCCAAGGUUCUAAAAGUUGUGAUCAAACUACAGUAUUAUAUUACUAUCAACAAUAACAAUUAAUACAUUAUUAUAAGUCAUAAUUAAAUAAAACUUACUAAAAGAAAUAAAUCUGA